AUGGCGCCGCCGGCGCCGCCCAACAGCCCCGACGGCGACGCCCCGCCGGCCAUGGAGUCCCAGGAGGCCCUCCCGGAACACGUCGUCGAUGACAUCUUCCUCCGCCUCCCCACGGCUGAGGACCUCGCCCGCGCAUCCAUGGCCAGCGCAUCCUUCCGCCGCAUCAUCGCCGCCCGCUCCUUCCUCCGCCGCUUUCGCGCCCUCCACCGGCCGCCUCUCCUGGGCGUGCUCGCGUACGAGUCGUCCCAAAGGGCCAACCUCUCGGUCGCCUUCCUCCCGGCCCAGCCGCCCCACCCGGCCGCGGCGGCCGCCGCCCACACCCUCGCCAGGGCCGACUUCUCCUGCUCUUUCCUCCCCUCGCCGGAGCUCUGGAUCAACUGUGACUUCCGCGACGGCCGCGCCCUCCUCUCCAAGCAGGGGGAUUUCCUGGCCAACCUCGCCGUGUGCGACCCACUGCAUCGGCGCUACGUCCUGCUACCUGCCCUCCCUGACGACCUGGCUGCCCUAACCAGGGAGCUAGAUGUGAUACAUUGUCACCCCUUCCUUGCCCCUGCCGGCCAGGACAGGGGCGACAAUGCCGACGCUCCGUCAGGCUUCAGGGUCAUGUGCUUGCUCAGGUGCUCGAGCACGCUGGUCCUCUUCAUCUUCUCUUCGUCGGGUGCCCGUGCAGGCCAAUGGCGCACUGUUACAUUUGGUGGUUGGGGCGCCUUGAUGGCAGGACACGUCAGCGUGGAUUUCUUCCUGGCCACUCUAUCCACGCGGCGCCAUUAUGCUCAUGGGUGCUUUUAUUGGGAGAUACCUUAUACUCGCAAACUGCUCGUGUUCGACACGCGCACAGAGGAGUUCUCUUCUCUCAGCACUCCACGUGGCCAUUAUCAGAUGGUCUUUGUGGAGGCAAUGGAAGGAAGGCUCGGGAUGUUUAGUCGCAGCAUUGAAGAUGAUGGAAAACACCUCUUGUAUGACAUUUUGCAGGAUAAUGGGGAUGGCACAAAGGAGUGGCGAAGGGAGGACGUAAUCUCGGUGCCAUAUAAAUAUCACUAUGACAUCAUCGGUGUUGCAGGGGGAUGCUUACUUCUACAUGGGAAUGUAGACAACCCGGAGUCUCCUGAAUUCCACUUCAGCUCUUAUUCACUCGAUCUGCAGACUAUGAAGCUUAAGUGGUUUCGUGGGACUCAGUCCUUGUACUUCUCCCCGCACAGCCAUCUGUAUGAUGGUUUCCCGCCAUCCUUGUCUCCACCAACUAUUUGAAGGGGGCCUAACUAAACUGGCUGCUGGUGCUGGUCAUUGCAAGGACACAUCCAUACAUCAAGCAAUUGUGUUUGACUAAUUGGCUUGUCUGGUCUCCAGUCAUUGUGAUGGCAUACAUGAUGACCAGUUGGUUGGGAAUGCAUCGACAGUCCAUCGGCCUACUUUCUCAAGCUAGUGUUAUUUGCAAUAUGCAUGCUUCCUUCCAGUUACAACAUUUAUUUGGACUUGAUGGAAUAUGUAUGUAUGUGUUUUAACUGUUGUUACACAUUUAAUUGUUACUUAAUUAGACAUGUU